AGUUGCGUUUAGGGCUGUUUGCUGUGCGCUCGUUGCGCUCUGGUCUUGUUUAUUUUCUUCGCAACUCUAGAGGAUAUUCACAAUGGUUGUCCCUCCUAACUGUUUUUUCAUGCUCAAUAUGGUUUAAAUUCCUCGUUUUAAUGGUUGAACUAGUCUUAGUGCCCGUAGUAAUAGCUUAGAACUUAUGAGUUUUAGGCGAUUUUAUGGCCUGUUAUCGCCCGUAAAACGUGUUGAUUUCGAAGCAUUUUCUAAUUCCUUCUUCAUUUUACGUUGUAGUUAUGGUGGACGAACUUCAUGUGCUUAAGAAGAGGAUUAGAACACUCAGCGAAUCAUCCAGGAGUGAUGGAUCCAUCUCUCAAACGGAUCAGUCUGAAUCUUCACAUCAGGAAGAUACCGGUGCUUCUAACUCACCACCACCUCCAAUCAGAUCUAGAAAACAAAGUAUUAGAGAGCUUCGCGAAGAAUUCGAAGAUUAUCCUGAACUUUAUGGUAUACGCAGGUCUGCACGCAGUCGCAAGGAACCGUCACGUUUCAAAGCACCAGAAAAAGAAGUAUCUGAUACACGCUUUAGAGAGAGGAAACGAAAUCGUUCAUUCAGCAAUUCAGAUAGCAAUAAUGUAACCGAUAGUGAAACAGAUGACUGGAAUAAUAGUAUUCAAGUAAGCUUCAAAUGUUGUUAAAUAAACACCUUUCAUCAGUUCUCACGACUACUCCCUGCAUUAUUAGCAUUGAGAAUGAAGCGAGUACUUAGUUACAUGGGUUUUCGUUACUAACAUCAUUUUGUAACUUACUAUAUCUGUUUGUUUUGGAAACUUUCUAUUUUAUCGUCGAUUCAAAUCAGGCAGCCUACAGUGUUUUACUCGAGUAUCAGAAAAGUUAACGAUUUUGCCGGUAAAUAGCAUUGGUUCAUAUGAUCAUACGUUUACUAACUUAGCCAAUAUGAUCUGUAAUCAUUUCUGAGUUAAAACAGUUAACACAUCAGCUACCCCAGUUAAUUCCAUCUAGAAAAGAAUACAGACUAGUUUAUCCUCAUCUUAAAAAUUACUCAUUAGUUAAACACUUUAUUUGAUGGUUUCAUACAUGAAUAGUGCUUUGCUAACAUAUGUAAUCAGAUAUCUGCCGCUCUAUUAUGCUAACUCCUAGCUAUUUCUCUAACUGAAUUCAAGUAUUUUCUAUCAGUUUGAUCUCACUUGCACUAAAAAUCUUGAUCGUUAGAACAGCAGCAUUGGCUUUAAUUCUUCAUAUUUUCGAAUGUAAUGCUCCUUAUUUUUCAUUGUUACAUUUCAUAGCUCAAACUUCUGUCUUCUUUCUACAUUAUCUUGUUUGAUUGGUAACACUUUUAACCCUACUAAUAUUGGUGCACUCAAUAGUAUAUAGUCUUUAAGUAUUCAUUGAAAGAAUUGCCCAAUGCGUCUUGAUACUGUAUUGGAUAUUGUAUUUUUGUCAAUUGUCAUUCUUUGGUUUCAAUAGUAGUAAGAUUCCUCCAUGCAUUCCAGAUUGGUGUUCCCGUUAUUUCUGUUGCAUCCAAUACAUAAAGUAGGACUGAUAAUCACCCAUUCUGGUCAUUUGGAGAAUACAGUUACCAUGACGACCAGGUGAAGACAAGUAACAAGUAUUAUUACUAUUAUUAUUAUUAUUGUUGGUUAUUAUGAAACCAAGUGUUGGAAUGUAUUUUACCACCUUAAUGAGCAACAAAUCGUGUUCGAAACGUUAUCCAAGAAAUAUUGUCUUAUCACUACGUUAUGUCAAAUAAAUAAAUAAAAUCUGGGGUUACAUUCUAUCAUGAUACUCUUCAACUUCUAUUACCACUAUCUGUGUUGUCUGUAUAGCAAAUAUGACAUCUUUGAUUAAUUUGGAUAGUUAAGUAUCUUUAUGCUUUUACUUGCCUUAAAUGUUCAUCUCAGAAUAUUUUAUCCCCCUUUUUUUAAAGACAAAACAUCGAACUGUAAGAACAAGAGGAAAUCGUGUCAAUUAUAAGAGUGCUUUCGUUGACGAUAGUCCUGAUGAAUCUGAUGAUGAUCCAUCAGAACGUUCAAAUUCAACUAUAUCUAAACAAGUUAACCAACGAACUUCAUAUGGAAAUGUACCACCGCCAAGUCAACAAACGUGUUUUCAAAAGCCAAGAGGUCCUUUGGUUCGAAAGCCUUAUGCGUCUAUCUUGGCCAACAGAAAUUCCAAGACGAUAACAAAGUCUGAAUGUGAUAGUCCGGAUCAAAUUGGCUUAAAUGAACAAUACUCAGAGGAUGAUGAAGGCGGUGAAGCUAAUCGUGAAUCAGAAUGGGGUGAUGAUGAAGAGGCUGAUAUAAUCGAAGAAGUACUUACUCAUACUAUUCGUCGUAAAGGUGCAACUGGCAACCCAACUACCAUGUAUAAUACACGCCUUGAGAAAGAUUUAAAUGCUGGCUUUGAUUCGAAGAAAGAAGAAGGUGAGAUACAGUUUCUUAUUAAAUGGCGCAAUUGGAGUCAUAUCCAUUCAACAUGGGAGACAGAAUCCUCACUACGUAACCCGGAGCGAGGCACACCUGUAGCUGGUAUGAAAAAAUUCUUUGCAUAUCAGGCAUCUAUGCGAGAAAAAAGUGAACGUUUACGGUAUGCUGAGAGAGAAGACUUGGAGACCGUUGCUUAUGAGGAAGAACGUGAAGAACAGCUCUUGCAGGAUAAAAUGAAUGUAGAACGCAUUGUAGCUCAUAGUCGGGAUCCAGAUAGCAAUACUUUUGAUUAUCUUAUCAAAUGGUUCCGUUUAGACUAUCGGUUUUGCUCUUGGGAGUCUGGAAAGGUUAUACGUUCACUCUACGAAUCAGCAGUUCAAGCUUAUGAAGCUCGUUGUAACUGUACUAAACUGCCUAACCGAAAAUGUGAAGUGUUAUAUACACGACCUAAAUUUGUGCCAUUAAUAGAACAACCUGAGUAUCUUGGUAAUGAAAGUGAUCUCCGCCUGCGUGACUAUCAGCUUGAAGGUAUAAACUGGAUAAUUCGUGCUUGGACUCGUAGAAACAGUGUUAUUUUAGCAGAUGAAAUGGGAUUAGGAAAAACCAUUCAAACUAUUGGAUUUCUUUCUUAUUUAUUCAAUGAGCAUAAAGUAUAUGGACCUUUUCUAAUCGUUGUACCUUUGAGUACCAUUUCGAGUUGGCAAAAAGAAUUACAAACUUGGACACCAGAAAUGAAUACCAUAAUAUAUACGGGUGAUCAUGUAUCACGACAACUCAUUAGAGAGCAUGAAUGGACAACUUCAAAUUUAGCUAACAAUAGACGUCAUCAAUCAUUAAAGUUUAAUGUCUGUGUAACAACUUAUGAAAUUUUAUUAAAGGAUAAAGGUUGGUUGAGUCAAGUAAAUUGGGCUUUUCUUGGAGUUGAUGAAGCUCACCGUUUAAAAAAUGAUUCAAGUCAGUUAUACAAAACUUUGAGAACAUUUGAUACAAAUACUCGUCUUUUGGUUACAGGAACACCUUUGCAAAAUACUAUGAAAGAGUUAUGGGCAUUGUUACAUUUUAUUAUGCCUGACAUUUUUCCAGAUUGGGAAGAAUUUGAACAGACAUACAGUGUUUCUGCUGAAGAUCCUGCCAAUAAAAUGAACAGUGAAGCCUUUCACAAUCUUCACAAAACUUUAAAACCUUUUCUACUUAGACGUGUAAAAAAAGAUGUUGAAAGUUCUUUACCUGAAAAAAUUGAACAAAUUCUACGAGUUGAUAUGACAAAGGAGCAAGCAAACAUAUAUCGACUUAUUCUUGCACGCAAUUAUGAUGGUUUAUUGAAAGUGACUCGUGGACAUAAGACUUCUUUCAUUAAUAUUGUCAUGGAGUUAAAGAAAUGUUGUAAUCAUGCUCACUUAAUUGCACCACCUUCAGAAGCAGACCAACAAUUUUUAACAAAGGAAGAUAGAUUGAGAUCAUUUAUGAGAGGUAGUGGUAAAGGUACCUUGUUAGAUAAAUUAUUGCAACGUCUUAAAUCCAAAGGUCAUAGAGUUCUCAUUUUCAGUCAAAUGGUUCGUAUGCUCGAUCUCAUAGCCGACUACCUAAUUUUACGUGGUUGGGGAUUUCAACGUCUUGAUGGCUCAAUCAGAGGUGAACUGCGUAAGCAAGCUUUGGACCACUUUAAUUCUGAAGGUUCAACAGACUUUUGUUUCCUGUUGUCAACACGUGCAGGUGGUCUCGGUAUCAACUUAGCCACAGCUGAUACAGUCAUAAUAUUUGACUCUGAUUGGAAUCCACAAAAUGAUUUACAAGCUCAAGCACGUGCUCAUCGUAUAGGUCAAACUAAACAAGUCUCAGUAUAUCGUUUUGUUACUCGAGAGUCUGUGGAAGAAAAAAUAAUUGAAAGUGCUACACGUAAGAUGGUAUUAGAUCAUUUAGUCAUCCAGCGCAUGGACUCUGCAGGUUUUCGCGGAGGACGUCGUGGGGACGUGGCGAAAGGUCAGUUGCUUACUGAAAUACUCCGUUAUGGUGCAGAAGGAUUAUUCAAACAAGUAGAAGAAGAUGCUGCAGAAUUGGAAGUUGACAUUGAUGAUAUUCUCAAUCGGGCUGAAACGCGAGAUACAGAAGCUACAGUUGAAUCUAAUCCAGCUAACGCUCUACUUUCUUCAUUUAAAGUUGUGAAUUUAGAUGCAUUGGAGGAAGAUGUCGAUUCCAAAAAUGGAAAUGGUUCGUUAAAUUCGUCAAUGAAUGCUGGCUGUGAAAAAACGUGGGAUCAGAUAAUUCCUAGUGAAUUCCGUGGGCAAAUUAAAGCAGAAGAAGCCAGAAAAACUCUAGUUGAGCUUGAGCUGGGUCCGCGACGUAGACGUCCUGUGAAGGCUUUUCAGGCAGGUUUAGACUGCAACCAGUCUUCUUCUGAGGCCUCGGAGACAGAAGAAAACGAUAAAGUGUCCUCAACCCAACUCACAGAGAAGGAGAUCCGUGCUCUAGUUCGUGCUAUCAGACAUUUUGCUCGUCCGCUCGAACGUAUUGAUGCAAUCGCUGCUGACGCUGAGCUUCCAGAUCAUUCUGAGUCCGAGCUCCGUGAAGUGGUGGAUGCUGUCUUAAAAGGCUGCCGAGCAGCUAUGGAAGCAGCGUCAACUAAUUCAACUGAAGAGUCUCAAAAGCAAACUGGUGGUGGUAAAGGCCCUGUUUUUCAAUAUGGUCGCGUUAGCGUAGCAGCUAGACCUUUGCUCCAGAGUUUGGAAUACCUAGAAACCCUUCAUCAGUGUCUUCCAGCUACCAGUAAGGAAGCACGUAUGUCCUAUGAACUACCGUUUUUACCUAAAUUAGUUGCUUGGUCAUGCCCCUGGGAUAGUUCUGACGACGUUAGACUCUUAGCAGGCGUAUAUGAACAUGGAUAUGAUAACUGGGAAGCAAUCAAAUUGGACUCUGAUUUGGGUUUGGGUUCAAAAUUACUCCCAGUUUCACAGACAGAGCGCCCACAAGCUAGCCACUUACGAUCACGUGUAGAUUAUCUUUUAAAGAUGUUAGCUAAGUGUCAAACUACCAGUGGGAAUUCAGAACAUGCUCCUAGAAAAAGAAAGAAAGAAGAGAAGAAGUCAAGUAAACCUGACCAAAAAACCAAGGCACAAAAAUCUAGUACGAAAAGUAGUUCUAAACCUGCUGUUCCGAUACCUAAUCAAACGCCUAAAUCUGCAGAGUUCGUGGAAACAGAUGAUUCAUCAUCUGAAUCAAAUGACGAGGAGACAUCAAAAGUGUUACCGAAUACUAAACAUGUUCGAAAGAAUGAUUUAAAAUCUAAAUCCACACAAAACCUUAAAGUCAAACCUGAAAAGAAAGAUGUACCAAAUAUGGAGUCAAAACCUCUUCCUCAAAUAAAUUCUACUGAUAUGCAAACAUUGUUUACGAAAGAAGAAGAAGAAGAAUUUCGUAAUAUGCAGGGCCCUAUUUUUGUAAAAUGUAAAAAGAAGUUUGUACCAAUUAAGAAACACUUUAAAGAACUUGAAGACCUAGAGAGAACUGAUGAAGAAAAUCCUGCAAAACUGGCUAAUGUUGUCCUACAAAUCGGUGAUCAUAUCCAUUCUAUUGUAGAUGUAUAUUCAGAUAAAGAAAAACGUCAUGCCUGGAAAAAUUAUCUGUGGGAGUUCGUCCAUAUCUUCUCAAAACAUUCUACAGAACAACUCCGACACAUAUACAGACAUGCUGUACGACGUCGUUUGAAAGGAGCAAAAGAUAAGAAGAUAAAUGAUCUGAAUUCAAGUUCCCCGAAGCAUUUUACAAAUUCUUUUCAUACUAUAGAUUAUCCUGAGAAUGCAUCAUUUCGUCAUUCAUCAAGUCGUGAUUAUCACAAUGAUUCUUAUGAUUCCUCUCGGAGGUACCAUUCCAAUAGACCACCACGAGAUCGUAAUGAUCGUCAUGAUCAAGGCUUCAGUCAACGCAAAUACAACAGUGACUGGACUUCUACAAGUUCACAUAAAGAUUUUAAUCGUGAUAGGAAUAGUUCACGCUUCAAUAACGCCUUUAAUCGUCCACCAGGUCAGUCAAAUUCAAAGCAUCAUAAAGAAAGCGGUUUUUCUACACAAAUAUAUUCUUCCCCUCGGGUAUCCGAGCAUCAUCAUAAUUCCAGUGCUUAUCCAUCACUUUAUUCCCGAAAUUAUCCAUUAUCAGAUGAUAUAAAAAAUAGUAGUUCACCUCCUAAACUUGAUGCACAAAAUUAUUCUUCUAACCCUCCCCUUUUAUCUUGUUUUCCUGACUCUGUAACUAAAACAUCAUAUUUCUCAUCCAUGGGACAAUAUCCCCCUGUAGAUUUACACUCUCCCCUACAAUAUCCAGCUAAUCAAACUUCUCGUGAUCCACGAUUAUCAUCAUCAAGAAGAUGAUAUGCAGCUGCAAAAUUAACUGUACAGUUUGACUAAAACGAUUAUGUACAAUGUAAAUUAUUUACCCCCAUUUUUACUCUUCCAGUUGUAUUUAUUAUUAUUAUUUUUUGUAAAAGGAAAAAAGAUACAUGCAUUUCAUUUGAUGUAGUCCUACUUAUGAUGGUGCUGCGAUUUCCGCUAGAGUUCACUUUUAUUCGUUUUCAUAUUCUUUUACCAGCUUCAUGUAACUGUGACUGGUUGUUGUUGGGGGGGGGGGGAUUAUCUAGUACAUACGAAAUAAAAUCUACACUGAAAAGUUUGUGAUAUUUUCUUUUUUAACAGUGAAAUUAUACUUAACGGUCUGGUAGGUUUAAUGUAUACUUAAAUGUCAGCUUGUGUGAUAAUCUAUGUAUUAUUAUUCAUUGGAACUAAUCGGCGUUCUACUGAGUUAUAACUAGUCUACUGUCGUGGUUUAUAGUUGUGCCUUGUUAAUUAUGCUGUCUGUGUUUUAUUGUUGUUCUAACGUUUUCAUUUUCAUUACAUCUUGAGUAUUCAUUCGUUUAAAAACUUUAUCAGCUGUUGAUCUUGUUGACAGGUAAUUUUCUUUCAGAUUAUGAAUUGAGAAUUGAAAAGGCAAUCAAUCAGCUGACAGUCUUGAUUAAUCUAGAUUUCGGACUUUUUGGUGCUCGUAAGCAAAGUGUGCCUACAACCCCGGAGGAUUUGAUGUCUCUUCAGAAAUCUAGGAUUGCAUCAUACAAUGCUACAGUCAAAGAAGUUACGAUUGAGUUAUCGGUCUAGUGUUAACCAAUCGGUAAAUUUUGUAGAAUAUCAACUAAAGCCUUUGUUAAACAAAAUAUUUCGAUAAUCAGUUUGUGAAAAUGAUUUAUCGAAAAAAAUUCUGUUCGUUG